AACCCACACUCGCGCAGAGCGAGCUGUGAUCGAACAAGGAGAGCUGGAGAUAUCUACAGAGAUGGGGAAGUAUAUGAGGAAAUGCAAAGGGAUUGGUGAAAUUGCAGUGAUGGAGGUGGCGCAGGUUGGUGUUACAACUAGAGCUCGAACCCUAGCCAUGGCGACAGCAGCAGCGGCAGCGGCGGCGGCUGCGAGCGCGGGCGCAACGAAGAGAAGGAAGGUCGGUCCUAGAGAAUUACAGUUCUCUUCGUCGUAUCUUCAUCUCCGAAGCCGUCAACUCCCCGUGAUCACACCAGAGAAACCAGUUUCCCCGGAGAUUUCGGAGAAUCCCGGUCAAGUUAUCACUGAAGAUCGAUGCUCAAGCCCUAACUCCGAUCAUGUUCAGGCGUCUCGGUGCUCGAGCAACGGAUCCACAGAGCUCGUGAAUGAGAGCUUGAGAUCCGUAGAUCUAGAGGGUGAGGGUGAUUGCUUCCAUAUUGAUGAUUCGACAACGUAUUCCGACUGCAGACAAAGGAGAGAGAAGACACCAUCAAGCGAUCUUCGUGCGGAAUUAGGAGAUCUGGAGUCGACGGCGAGAGUAGCAGAGGCGAAUUCUCGCCACAGAUUGAUGGCUGAGAAGAUGCCAACGGAGGCUGAAAUUGAAGAUUUCUUCUCCGUCGCCGAGAAGGAGGAGCAGAAACGGUUUACUGACAAGUAUAACUUCAAUAUCUUGAAGGACGUUCCAUUGGAGGGUCGUUACGAGUGGGUUCGAGUAAAACCAUGAUCAGAAAA